UCUCUUCCACCACCUCCUAAUUUUCUCCAAAAUCUCCUCCAGUCUGCAAGAGAGAGAAGAAGAAAAAGGCUGUACAGCAGCAGCGAGCUCGAGGCGCAGCAACAGCGGGCCGGCGAUAGGCUAGGCUAGGCGAGGCAGGCAGCUGCAGCUGCUCCCGCGGAGCCGACGAUGGCUGGCGCCGACGUCGGGACGGAGCUCCGGCUGGGGCUGCCCGGAGGCGGCGCCGGCGAGGCCGCGGCGGCGGCCAAGGCCGGGAAGAGGGGCUUCGAGGAGACCAUUGACCUGAAGCUGAAGCUGCCCACCGCCGGCAUGGAGGAGGCCGCGGAGGCGCCGGCCGCCGAGAAGGCCAAGAGGCCGGCGGAGGCCGCCGCCGCUGACGCCGAGAAGCCACCUGCUCCCAAGGCACAGGCAGUGGGUUGGCCACCAGUCCGAUCGUACCGCAGGAACAUCAUGACCGUGCAGUCGGUGAAGACCAAGAAGGAAGAGGAAGCUGACAAGCAGCAGCCCGCUGCCAAUGCCAGCGGCAACAGCUCCGCCUUCGUGAAGGUGAGCAUGGACGGGGCACCCUACCUGCGCAAGGUGGACCUGAAGAUGUACAACAGCUACAAGGAUCUCUCCAUUGCUCUGCAGAAGAUGUUCGGCACCUUCACCACAACUGGUAACAAUAUGAAUGAGGUGAAUGGUUCUGAUGCUGUUACAACUUAUGAAGACAAGGAUGGCGACUGGAUGCUUGUUGGAGAUGUCCCAUGGCAGAUGUUUGUUGAGUCAUGCAAACGCUUGAGGAUCAUGAAGGGUUCCGAAGCCAUCGGUCUUGCACCAAGAGCAAAGGACAAGUACAAGAAUAAGAGCUGAAUAUGUUGCAGUAUGAAGAUGCUGAGCAUGGAGCCAUAAGAAUGGUGUUCUUGCAGUGUGUUAUGGUUUCUAUUAGAAAUAUAACGUUUUACUUGUUUAGUUGGAUUAAAAGAAGGAGAGUUGUCAUGUUUAAUUUGUUUAUGGACCAGAAGCAAUAAUCUAUUUGGGUGUAGCUGUAUUGGUGUUAUGUGAUGUCCCCUACCGUGUGUCCCAGGAUCUACUUCAUGAUUUUAUUCUGAUGUUGUUAAUUUAAGUUUGUGUGAUUGUGAAGUAAAGGGUAUCAAUGAAACUAUUAUUAUUAUGGUA